AUGACCAUAAUAGUCUUUUUGAUCGACACGUCGGCCUCCAUGAAUCAGAGGGCAUAUUUGGGCGGGCGACCCACGCUUUUGGACGUAGCCAAGAGCGCCGUGGAGACUUUCGUGAAGGUAAGACAAAGAUCACCAGAAAGCCGUGGGGAUCGUUAUAUGCUCCUGACCUUCGAAGAUCCGCCCCAGAAUAUUAAGGCUGGUUGGAAAGAAAAUUUAGCAACAUUUAUGAAUGAGCUUAAAAAUUUACAAUGUAUUGGGCUGACAACAUUAGGUGCUGCUUUAAAACAUGCUUUGGAUGUUUUAAAUAUCAAUCGUAUGCAGACUGGUAUAGACACAUAUGGACAGGGAAGAUGUCCCUUUUACUUGGAACCAUCAGUAAUUGUUGUGAUUACAGAUGGAGGAAAAUAUACAACUAAUAGUGGAGUUAAUCAAGAUUUUACUUUACCAAUGCAUUCACCAAUACCUGGAUCCGAGCUAACAAAAGAGCCAUUUAGAUGGGACCAAAGAUUGUUUUCUUUGGUACUUCGAUUAUCUGGAACUCCAGCUGUUGAAAGAGAUACAGGUUUAGUAGCGAGUGAUUCAUCUCCCAUAGAUGCCAUGUGUGAAGUUACUGGAGGUCGUUCAUAUUGUAUAACAUCUUUUAGAAUGAUGAUGCAAUGUAUAGACUCUUUGGUACAAAAGGUUCAGUCUGGAGUAGUAAUCAAUUUCGAAAAAAUUGGUCCAGAUCCGCCACCCUUAAAUAACGAAACACAGCAUGCAGACGAUGAUGAAAACGAAGACGAAAAUAAUACAACGAACGGAACUCGAACGUAUCCUCCUAAUCCAACGGUACCAGGAAAUACAGCGUGGCAUUCUUGUAGAAGACUGAUUUAUGUUCCAAGAUCUGCUCAGAAAGGUUUCGCAGUUGGAUUCUGGCCGAUCCCUGAAAGUUUCUGGCCUGAUUUGAGUGCUAGUUCUUUACCGCCGAGAUCAGCACAUCCGAAUGUAAAAUUUACUUGUACAAGUCAAGAACCUAUGGUGAUAGAAAAUCUCCCAUUUGAUAAAUAUGAAUUAGAACCAAGUCCGUUGACACAGUAUAUAUUAGCUAGAAAACAACCGACGAUUUGUUGGCAAGUUUUUGUGGCUAACUCUUAUAAAUCGAGUGACGUGGGUCAUCCAUUUGGAUAUUUGAAAGCAAGCACUAAUUUAACUUGCGUAAAUCUAUUUGUCAUGCCUUAUAAUUAUCCAGUACUUUUGCCUUUGUUGGAAGAACUGUUUAAAGUGCAUAGAUUAAAACCAACGACUGAGUGGCGAACGCAAUUCCAAAAUUAUAUGAGAACGAUGCCUACUUAUUAUGCAGCAUCCCUUAGGAGAGCUUUAACUAGAAUGGGUGCACCUGCACCAUUAGCACAAACAUUAAUACCUGAUAAUAUGGAUAAUUCAUUGUCCUAUAGUGUCUUAAACUAUUUAAAACGAUUAAAAAAUCAAGCAAAAAUUGAAUUUGACAGACUAUGUAAUGAAGUUCUUUCUAAGCAACUUGCUACUGCCAAUAUGACAAAAAAUUUAGUAAAUGGUAGUACAACAGUAACAGAGGGUGUGAGAGUUAUUCCUAGAACCCCAUUAAAAAAGGAUUUGGUACCACAUCCAUUAUUACAAGAUAAAUUUACUGGAUUGAGGGAUCAAUUAAAUGAAUUUGGUGGUUUUGUAGUUGGAUUAGUUAGAAAUCAACAACGCGGUGCGCAUAGCUAUAGGAAUGCAUUCGAUGUUCCACGGAAAUCUCUAUUAGAUCAAGUUGUUAGAAUGCGUGCCAAUUUUCUACAACCUGGAUUAUUGCAUACAAAAUUACUUGAUGAUGACUAUGUUCAUUCAAUGCCUUUAGCACAAAUGGGAAAUUAUCAAGAGUAUUUAAAACGUAUGACUCCACCAUUGAGAGAAAUAGAAAGUGCUCCAGUUAGACAACAUAUGUUUGGUAAUCCAUUCAAAAUAGAUAAAAGAAUGAUGGUCGAUGAAGCGGACAUUGACAUGGUUGGUGCAACAUCUUCAACCUCUAAGGGUGGUCUUAAACGUACCUUACCUACAUCGGACGGAGGAGGGUCGCUUGCUUCAAAACCACCGCCAAAUAAACGAAAACCGGGUCCAAUUCCUAAGGACGUAGUUAUACGGAGACCGUCGUAUACACCUACGAAUACUCCACCCAGUUCGCCGGUACCAUGGGUUGAUGAUACAAAAAAUCAAGUGACCCCAACUGCCGACUCAAAUCAAGUUUCAUCAAAUAUAAUAAACUCUCUACCUAGUGUAUCAAAUGCGCCGUGUGUGAAUUCGCCGGAGAAAUUAGUAAAUGGCCUUACAGAAAUGCCAACGAUACCAGUUUUUGAACCAAUUCCAGUGGAGCAUACUAACAAUCAUAUGGAUGCUCCACCAACUUUAACACCGGUAGUUAAUAACAUUGACACAUCUAACAGCGAAGUAAAAACUGAAAAAAUGGAAAAUGUUAAAAAUGAGUGUAACAAACUACCUCCUAAUGAUUGUGUUGAAAAUAGUGUGAAAGUCGAAAAUUCGCUUGAUGAACGGUUAUCUAAUCAUGUCGAAGAAAAACGCGAGCCCAAAAUAGAAAAAGACAAAGUCUUGACAAAAAAAGAAUUGGAAGAUAUUAGAAGACAUAAUUUAUCCGUUCGUGAACUUGUAUAUAAAGAAGUGCGAAGAAGAGGUACAAAUUAUGCAACACUAUUUUCACAUUUACACCAAAUUCAAGGGACUCUAGAUAUACGACUUGCAUUUUUACGAGAUAUUGUGAAAGAAUCGUUACGAUUUAAAAGACGUAAUUUGGCAUCGUUACUAGAAGAAUAUUUGAAAACUGUACAAGAUGAUAACUGGACUAUAAACCAUAAGAUGAAUCACAAUGGUGCCACAAAAAUAAGUUAAGAAUUGCAUAAUCGGGGCAUUAUUUUGAUAACAAAAAUAAGAAUUCAGUGAACGAUGCAGAAAGUAUAAAAGGGAUACAUGGUACCCCAAUAAAAGCAAGUCGUACAUCUAUAAAGCGAUAAGCGUAUUAGCGUUUAAGGAUGUAUGUUGCCAAGGCACGUGAAGUGAUAAUAAUUGUUAAAUCUAAUGAAAGAAAAUAGCAUUCUGUACGUCAACCAAGGAGAUAUGGUUUU